UGAUGGCGACCGUUGUCUGGCCUCCAGGGGGCUUUGUGCUCGCUUAUUCCGGGAGAGCCUCGCCCUGAUUUUGCCCCCGGGGCAUAGAAGCGCUUUAUAAACAACAAGCCCUGCCAGCGCAUGUGAGGAGAAGGCAGUGUCUCGCCCCAAAUAUGCCCGCGCCCGCCCUUCCUCCUCCCUCUGUCCCGACCUGACCCUCCCUGCGAAAAAUGGAAAUGAAUCGGGAGGAGCCGAGAGGAGAGUAGCGCGCCAGACCCGGGAGUGCGCGCUCCUCGGCUAGACAAGACCAUCCCUCUCCUCUCCAAAACUGAGGGAGGGGGGCGGCCUGUGCGCUCCACCAUCUUCCCGUUUGGAGAUCUCCAAGCAGAGCCAUGGAGGACUUCUGGGAAACAGGUUUCCUAAAUACUUCUUCUGAAGAUAUGGACAGCUCAAAUUCCUCUUGUGAGGAUUCAGUAGAAACGGAGGCAUUUAUACAUUUGUCUCUUCCUCCAGCAGUCUUCAUCAUUAUAGUGCUGUCCUGUCUUGAAAAAAGAAUAAAAAGAUGUUGUAUAGAUGAAAAAAUUCCUCUACAUGGACACUGUGGGAUUAUGGCACCCUUUGAUAUCCUUGCCUUCAGCAACCGAUGGUCACUUGGAUUUGCAUUUGGAAUUAUUGCUGAUAAAGUGAUGUACCUGUUUACCUCAGACCACUUCAUUUCGUUAUUUCCGAGGUGGGCUAAAGUUUUUGUGGUUCUAAUCCAUGCCGUCGAAGUGGGCGUCUCUAUGUACCCCUUCUUUGCCUGCCUUUCAACAAGUUACGCGAUUACCGGAGCUAUACUGGGAUUCCUUUACACUGCAGCUUGGAUGUUCAUCUCGGUGGUAGACUAUUUCUUGUGCCCUGACAACAACCUUUUGGGUGAAUAUGACAACCUCAUAAAGGGCUGGCCUUCCUUGCUGUGCUAUCUUUUCCUUCUAGGCCAAUUUGUUCGCAUUUUUGUGAAAGCCAUAAUAGUCCGUUGUCGGCGUGACUCCGUAAAUGAGGAGACUUCUUUUGUGGAAACGCAUCAGAUACUGUAUGUCCAGCAAUUGCUGAGGAAACCGCUACCGGAGCCACCUCAGAAAUCCUGGAUUAGGAGGAAGAUGUAUCAAUGGGACCCUUACUUUCGAUUCCCAAGCAGAAUGAUUGCCACUGCUGUCCUUCUCUUUGUCUCCCUUUAUACAUUUGUUGUAGGUGAAUUUAUUUUAUCCAAGUUUAUUUUCGACACGCUAAAAAAUCUUAAAAUGUUGCUAGACCAUCUGCUUCAAUCUUCUCCUGGCGAAUCAGAAGAAACCAUGGCCUUUUCCAAGUCUUUUGGAGAAUUUAAUACCGUUGCAGAAGGUGUUUGGAUUUGCACAACUGCUGCUUCCUCUGCCAUGAGUGUUGCUUACGUACUGUUAAUGUUAGCCUGCUACAGAAAACACAUAAAGAAGCUGCGGGCAGGCAAGAAGUCCUACUUUCUGACGGAAUCGGAAUCGGAAACUGUGCCAUCUACUCAAUGUGUGCUAGCACUGGGAAGAUUCACCGCUUACCAAAUCGCAUACAUAAUAUGGGGUUACCUGAUCAUGCAUCUGAUGCAGUUUGUAGCUGGGAUGAUUCUCGUGUAUGUGAUUAUUUUGCCCAUGGUACAUGGUGAAUGGGCCAAACUUCUGGACAAGUGGGGAACUGUGAUUCUUUCAUUUGUCCUCGUCAUGCUUUUGAGGAGACUGGAGUUGUUUGCAGGUUCUCGAGUCUUUCUUCAGCCAAAGAUUUCACCAAAAGACGAUCAGAGACCUCUGGCACUUGACAACAGGAAAGCCUUUGUAAACUUCAGCUACUUUUUAUUCUUCCACUCGGUGGUGGUGGGUUUGUUUUCCUGCCUCAUGAGAGUAUUACGCAGCACUGUCCUGGGAGCCUUCCUGAUUGGACGAUUGGACAGGCCAGUGAUGCCAAAGGGCUUUGAAGGCUGUGAUAAAGCACACAAGUCUUGGGUUGCAAUGCUCCUGAUGGACCACUACCACUUGAACCCCAUCCUUGUCUGCUUCUGCCACAUCCUGGAUACCAAAAUCAGACAGAGGCAAUGGCAAAAAAUCAAUGGACCCACCGAAAACACGGACAUGCGGGAAAUAGUCUUGUUUUUAGCUCCCAAGGUAUCAGGCAGAGCCAGGAAAAGAUGGCUGUUGCUUUACACGCUGUUGAACAACCCCAGUCUCCUGCAACUCCGGAAGCGAAGACUAGGAUCUAAUCCUGUGGAUUUUCCACAGCCCUGUGCUGUCCCUCCAGGCGAUCAUUCUACAGACCAAUUGGUGCAUUGGGAUCAGCAUGUUUAAUAUAUGGACUCUACGUGGACUGUAGAGAUGCCGUUCCUGAUGUUGCAUCAACAAAAGCGGCGCAAGUUAUACUUGCCGAGAGUUGCAUUUAUUGACUGCUUGUUCCAUAGGGCUUUCUAAAAAGAUAACCUGUUGUAUUUCCACCACAUCAUGUGUCAUGCCUUCCCUCCACAUGAACGCCUGGUUUGCCUGCCUGCUGCAAUCGUUAAUAAACUAUACACAAGCCAUUGGCUCUAGGAAGAUUUAGGUAAUCUCUUUGAAGACCACACAAGCAUGCACUUUUUUGUGUGUGCUGUCCCUACAGUUAUUUGACACUUUCCCCCUUGGCUAGACCCAGGGCUGUGCAAAGCUGGUAAUGGGCCCAGGCUGGACAGAAAAUGUAGGCCCCAUUUCAAACUGCUCGUGUCGUGCAUAAAAAGGUAAAGGUAAAGGGACCCCUGACCAUUAGGUCCAGUCUUGACAGACUCUGGGGUUGCGGUGCUCAUCUCGCUCUAUAGGCCAUGGGAGCUGGCGUUUGUCCGCAGACAGCUUCCGGGUCACGUGGCUGGCAUGACUAAGCCGCUUCUGGAGAACCAGAGCAGCGCACGGAAACGCUGUUUACCUUCCCGCCGGAGCGGUACCUAUUUAUCUACUUGCACUUUGACGUGCUUUCGAACUGCUAGGUUGGCAGGAGCUGGGACCAAGGAACGGGAGCUCACCCCGUCGCGGGGAUUCAAACCGCCGACCUUCUGAUCAGCAAGUCCUAGGCUCUGUGGUUUAACCCACAGCGCCAACAAGUAACAGAACAGAACAAAUACUCAAAGUCAGCCUCCUCAGAAUCAUAGGCUUGUGCCAAUUACUCCCCGUCCCAGCAUCUUGCUCUGUUCUGCCCUGCCCUGCCCAGACCAGGGGAUCUAGAAUGAAAGCACAUCUGAGGUUGGAAAUCAAAGUAGAGUCAGUGACACUGGUUUAAUAACAACGAGUUUUUGUUUUUUUCCAAGUUGCCAAAUUGGAAUCCUGAGUUUCCAAACCAGUGACUUGAGCUGGUGCGUGCAUGAUUCCAAAACUGCUUUCAGAUGAUUUGUUCUCAAGGUUCCUUCAUUAGUUCUACUCGCUGAAAGUUUUCUUUAAAAAUGUUUGAUGUUUUACUAUGUUUUUAUAUGUGUUGUAAGCUGGCCAGAGUGACUGGGGAAACCCAGCCAGAUGGGCUGGGUAUAAAUAAUAAAAUAUAUUAUUAUUAUUAUUAUUAUUAUUAUUAUUAUUAUUAUUAUUGAGCAGCUGCUUCCAAAGCUGGUUGUACUGUACACUUACUGGUGUGACUGAGCCUACAUAACGAAAACCUUGCCCUUU